AUGGCUAAAGUUAGAGGAAGAAAGCAUAUAAAAAAAAUCCUAAAGGACGAAUUCCAACCUGUGGAGCAUGAGACCCAUGAAGAUGUACAAGAGUUCCCUGCCGAGACAAGUACUGGAAGUUCUGAUCCACAGAUGUUUUUUGGUAUCCUUGAUAGAGAUGAACUAGAAUAUUUCAAGCAAACUGAGGCAACUCUAGCGAUGGAUGCAUUUGAGUCCCCAGAAGAAAAAGGCCAUUUUGUCACCAGAGUAUUUGAGGAGUUUCAAGGCAAGGAACUAAAAUUGGUCACUUCACAAAUAUGUUCUAAGCUUGUGGAGCGUGUUAUUUUGCAUUGUACCGAUGAUCAGCUAAAAUCUAUUUUCGAAUCAUUCAACGGUUUCUUCUUCAAUUUAUCCUGUCAUAAGUAUGCAUCUCAUGUUCUUGAGACUUUGCUUGUUAGAAGUGCAGCCUUAGUGGAGAAAGAAUUAUUGACACCAACCUUUGAUCAAACAGAGACUGAUGACGGCAAAGUUCAUGCAAGUAUGGAAAACAUGUUUCUUUUCAUGCUUAAUGAGUUGAAAAGUCAUUUGAUAGUCAUGAUUAAACAACAGUACGCAUCACACGUUCUGCGAUUACUCAUCCUCAUCCUAUCUUCUAAGAAGCUACCUAAGACGACCAUGAACAAUUCAGCACUGCGUUCAAAGAAAUCGAAAAUCGCUCGUAAGAUGAUCGACAUAAAGGAUAAUGGAGAUUAUGACAAGCUUUAUCAGACGCCAGAAUCGUUCAAGAAGGAGCUUCGUGAGAUGGUGGGUGCAUUAUACCAAGAUUUCUCUGGAAAUGCCAAGACCAAGUCCGACAUUAGCCCAACAAAAAUUACUCAGUUCAGAGAGUACUGUGUCGACAAAGUUGCAUCUCCAGUUAUCCAACUUAUAAUACAAGUUGAAGGUAUCUUUGACAGAGAUCGUUCAUUUUGGAGACUGGCUUUUAGCACUUCGGAAGAAAAAGAUUCUAAAGAGGAAUCAUUUGUUGAAUACCUAUUGUCUGAUCCCGUCGGUUCUCAUUUCUUGGAGAAUGUCAUUGCACAUGCUAGGUUGAAGUAUGUCCAAAGACUUUACAAUCUGUACAUGAAGGAGAGAAUUAUCAAGUUAGCCAAGAGGGACUCUACUGCUGCAUUUGUUAUCAAGGUCCUAUUAGAGACGUUAAAAAGUAAAGAAGUGAAGGAAAUACUGGACGCGGUUAUACCUGAGUUGAGUAUGCUCCUAAACUCCAACAUGGAUUUUGGCACAUCAAUCAUUGACGCAAGUAUAAAGCAAGACAAUUAUCUGAGGGAACAGGUUAUUGAUCAACUAUUGGAAAAGUACUACCCUAGAGAAUCAUCCAGCAAAAACAUCUUGGAGUCAUGUCUACAGUUGAAUUCAUCGACCCUCGGUAAUACAAGAGACGAUUGGCCGACAGCCGAAGAGAGAAGGAGAUCUCUUUUCUUGGAAAAAAUUAUCGACUAUGAUGAUAAGUUUCUGAAUGCAACGAUCGAGAGCAUGCUUUCCCUUCCUGAACAAAGACUAUUACAGAUGUGUUUCCAUGGUGUCUUUUCACAUGUUGUUGAACAUGUGUUGCAACCCAAGAGAGUUGACACUAUCAAGAGGAAAUUACUUCUGAAUAUAUUGAGUAAAGAUGCUGUCAAUAUGGCCUGUAACGCAUACGGUUCACAUAUUAUGGAUAAACUUUGGGACUUCACAGCUAAACUGACUCUUUACAAAGAACGGAUCGGUGCUGCUCUAGUGGAAGAGUCUGAGAAAGUUAAAAAUAGUGUCUAUGGUAGACAAGUAUGGAAGAAUUGGAAGCUGGAACUCUUCGUCAGAAAGAGAUGGGACUGGAAGAAGUUGGUCAAGGAACAAGAGCUUGAGAUUUUCCCAGACUCUAAGCCCCUACAACCAAAGGAACAGAAGAGCGGUUUCGAGAAGAAGCGCCAUAGAGACCAGGAUCAGAGAGAACCUGCUGCCAAGAGGUUGCAUUGA